AGCCAAGGGGCGCAGUGCUACAAGGACAAGAAAUUCCGCGAGGCCAUCGGCAAGUACCACCGGGCGCUGCUGGAGCUGAAGGGGCUGCUGCCGCCCCCCGGAGAGCGCGAGCGGGACCCGCGCGCCGCCACCCCUGCCGGGGCCCCCAAGCCCGGCCGCCUCUCAGAGGAGCAGAGCCGCACGGUGGAAGCCAUCGAGGUGGACUGCUACAACAGCCUGGCAGCCUGCCUGCUCCAGGCUGAGCUGGUGAACUACGAGCGUGUCAAGGAAUAUUGCCUCAAGGUCCUCAAGAAGGAAGGCGAGAACUUCAAGGCGCUCUACCGCUCAGGGGUGGCCUUCUACCACCUGGGGGACUACGAGAAGGCCCUGCAGUACCUAAAGGAGGCCCGGACUCGGCAGCCCACAGACACCAACGUAAUCCGGUACAUCCAGCUGACGGAGAUGAAGCUCAGCAGAUGCUCCCAGCGGGACAAGGAUGCCAUGUGACACGGGGCCUCUGCAGGGCUGCACCACUCGGCCGGGGGCCCCGGUACCCCAGGAGAGAAACUGAGGCACAGAGCAAUGAUGUGUCCAAGGAACCCUGAUGGACACACGAGAGCUUCGUUGACUGACUCUCAAUCCUUCUGGGAUGCUCAGCAGAGAUGUUACAGCCUCCCCAGGUCUGCCAAAAUUUGUGUGAACUGAUUCCCUGCCUCCCCUGACAGACGGCAGUAGGGGAAUUUUUAAUAAA